AAAGACCCUGGCCAUUUUCCCUCACUCUUCCUCUCCGUCUCCUCCGACAACCCCUCUCUGAACCCCAAAUCCGGCAACCGCGCACCCUCACAACCUCCCUCACCGCACUCUUCCUCUUCCGCUUCCGCUUCCCUUCUCUCGCCUCCACAAUCCCCACCCUGAGCCACCACAAGCACCACCGUCCACGGUGGCCGCCGUGAGCCUCUAACCUCUCAAACCCGUCGUAUCCAGAUCUGCUCCUACCUCCUCCCAUUCGCUCGGAAAUUCGCUGAAGAUUGUGGAAGAGGGCUUUCGAAGCCGUAUAUUCAAUUGUUCUAACUUCAUCUCCACUCUCCAGUAUUCGAUUAGGGUUCGCCUCCAACUCCUUGUUCUGUGAAAAUGGAGACUCUGUACAAAAAGCUCUACGACAAGUACACCAAACUCAAGACUAAGAAAAUCUCUGAGAUUGAUCAGCUAAAUAAAGAACAAGAAGUGAAAUUCAUGAGUUACUUAUCUGCUGCGGAAGAGUUGAUAGAGCACUUGAAGAGCGAAAAUGACAAGCUGCAUGGACAAUUGAAUGAAUUGAGAAAUGAAGUGGUUUCAGUUAGGCUUGCUAAAGACAAACAAGUAGCUGAUUAUCAAAGGCUUUUGACGGAGGAAAGCAAGAAAAAUGAAGCUCUUAUUGAAGAAAUUGAGAAGCUGCUGAAGGAAGGAACUUCUGGUGGUUCAAAUAAAAGUAGUAAGGUCACUGGAGAUGAUCAAUUCAAGGAUAAUUCCAAUAGCACUUCUGGAAGAGUGACAAGGAAACGUAAAGGGAAGGAUGCAUUGGAAAAAGAAGAAAGGUAUAUAUCGUGUGAAAAUAGUGAAGGUUAUUCUACGGAGAUAGUAACACCACAAAACUUGUGCAAGGAGACGGCUUCCGAUAAGCUGCUGGAAUGCUGUGCUAAGGCAAAUGAUCAAUCAGGCAUUGAUCUUCAGGAAAGUGAUCAUUGUAACUGGCUUAUCAAAGCUCUUUUUGAGCAUGCAUUGGGCAUGAAAUUAUGCACCCAGGAUCAAACUGGACGAGUAUGCCUGUCUGCACUCCAUCAAUCAAGCGGUUACUCCUUUAGUUUAUCAUGGAUUGGCAAAGCAUCUGGAGAGGAAGUAGAGCUGCUAUACCAUGUUCUAUCUCUAGGCACAUUUGAAAGAGUAGCACCAGAAUGGAUGAGGGAAGACAUCAUGUUCAGCCCAACCAUGUGCCCCACCUUCUUCGAAAGGGUAUCUCAUGUUAUCAAGUCAAGUUGAACCAUUAAGGUUCUGUUUUUGCUGCUUUGAAUUUUAUUGGUGCCCUCCAUCCUUUGAAUAUGACAUUGCUGUACAUAUUUAUAGUUUAGUUAUUAUUCAGAAAGCAUUUGAUUGGUUAUGUUUUGCGUGUAGACUUGCUUCUCUCUGAAGAAUUAUGCAUGUGACUAAUGUGCUUCUGUAAUCUACUUUGAAUCAUAUAAAUUAGAGUCCUUAAUUUGAAGAGUAAGGCAAUCACUCUCGUGACUCCUCACUCUCCCAAUUAUAAUAUUUUUAACAUUAUCUCUCUUCAA